GAGUCGGGCAUCAGUUUCAAAUCGGAGCUUACAUCGUGUGCACAAUGAAGUCGUUUAUCUGUGGAGUGGUGAUUGUGGUCCUGAGUGUCCUGUUGGUGAUAGUAAAUGCCAGUCCGGUGAAGGAGGUCGAAAUCGUGCAAGUUGAAGAUGUUCCAGCGCCCUUGGAGUCCGUAGACCGUGCAAAACGUCAGCUUCUGGUCGGAGCGCUUCUGGGAGGUGGACAACCUGGAUACGGCCAUGGAGGAUAUGGUCACGGUGGUUACGGACACGGUGGCUACGGGCACGGUGGAUACGGUCAUGGCGGUUACGGCGGCCAUGGUCAUGGUGGACACGGAGGUUACGGUCAUGGACACGGACAUGGUCAUGGAGGUCAUGACUAUGGACAUCAUGGGCACCAUAGAGGCUAAACUGAGUUAUAAAUGAUCAUCAAUUUGUACAUACACAUAUUUAUUUAUUUGAGUGGAAUAAAAUUUAAAAAAAUAA